UGCCAGCGCCCAUGAGGGGGCGACUCGCUCCACUUGGAAUAAAACAGCUUUUUUUGUAGGCUGGAUGGAUUCUUCACCUCAUGAUCACAUCGAUUCCUGAUGUGAGCGGCUCUUUCGUGCGCAUCAGUAAAGGUGAGAGAUUCAUGAAGACAGCAAACCGAUGUCCAGUGAUCACACUUCUGUCAAACACACUUCUGUUCAUCAACGGAUGAACACCGACUUUGAAAAGUAUCCUUUGCCACGGUAUUGCAAGAGGUGGAGCAAUGAUGACAUUCAGAGGCACGCAUUGGCUAAGAGCCGGCGCAUGGCUACGCGAAGACCGGCCUACAUGUUUAAUGCCCGUUACAAUAGUCUGUCCUCAACUGAAGAGCGUUUUCUAGAGGCGGCUGAGUAUGGAAAUAUCCCUGUCAUCCGUAGGAUGCUAGAAGCUUCUGAACUUAAUGUCAACUGUGUGGACUACAUGGGCCAGAGUGCAUUGCAGCUUGCGGUUGCCAGUGAGCACCUAGAAGUGACAGAACUCUUGCUGAAAAAAGAGAACCUGGCCAGGAUAGGUGACGCUUUGCUUUUAGCCAUAAGUAAAGGAUACAUUCGUAUUGUGGAGGCCAUUUUGGGCCACCAGGCUUUCGCAGACACAACCAAACUCACUAGCAGCCCCCUCCAGGCAGCGACACAAGACGACUUCUUCGCCUAUGAUGAGGAUGGCACUCGGUUUUCCCAUGAUAUUACACCCAUUAUACUAGCUUCUCAUUGCCACGAAUACGAGAUUGUGCACAUUCUGCUAAGGAAGGGUGCCCGCAUUGCGCGCCCACAUGACUACUUUUGCAAAUGUAACAGCUGUCUUUAUCACCAGAGGCAUGACUCUUUUAGCCAUUCACGUUCCAGAAUCAAUGCCUACAAAGGGCUGGCUAGCCCCGCCUACCUAUCCCUGUCCAGUGAGGACCCAGUACUGACGGCUCUAGAGCUCAGCAAUGAACUGGCUGUACUGGCCAACAUAGAAAAAGAGUUUAAGAAUGAUUAUAAGAAGCUGUCUAUGCAAUGUAAGGAUUUUGUAGUUGGACUUCUGGAUCUGUGUCGGAAUACAGAGGAGGUGGAAGCCAUUUUAAAUGGAGACACAGAGACAAGUGGCCACUUUGACAAGAGCGGCAGACCUAAUCUAGUUCGAUUAAAACUGGCCAUCAAAUAUGAGCUGAAAAAGUUUGUAGCCCAUCCAAACUGCCAACAGCAGCUUUUGUCCAUAUGGUAUGAGAAUCUGUCUGGGCUCAGGCAGCAGACCACAGCUGUCAAGUUACUUGUGGUUCUGGGGGUGGUGGUUGGACUUCCCAUCCUGGCCUUACUGUACUGGAUAGCACCCUCAAGCAAGUUGGGGAAGAUCAUACGUGGUCCUUUCCUAAAAUUUGUGGCACAUGCAGCUUCCUUCACAAUCUUUCUUGGACUUCUCAUCAUGAACGCUGCUGACCGUUUUGAAGGGACAACUCUCUUACCAAAUAUGACCAUCCACGACCACCCCUCCCAAUUGUUCCGUAUGAAGACCACACCUUUUACCUGGAUGGAAAUGUUGAUCAUUUCCUGGGUCAUAGGAAUGAUUUGGGCUGAAUGUAAAGAAAUAUGGUCUCAGGGUCCUCGGGAAUAUCUGCUGGAGCCUUGGAAUUUGCUGGACUUUGGAAUGCUGGCCCUUUUUGUUACUUCCUUCAUUGCCAGAUUUAUGGCAUUUUGGCAUGCAAAUGUUGCUCAGAGUUACGUCGACAAGCACUACACAGAUCUAUCAAACAUUACCUUGCCCCUUGAGAUAGAAUACUAUCGUCUUGCUCGUGUCCACUGGGUUCCUUCAGACCCUCAGCUGAUCUCCGAGGGCCUUUAUGCCAUCGCAGUGGUUCUGAGCUUCUCUCGGAUUGCGUACAUCCUGCCGGCCAAUGAAAGCUUUGGGCCCUUGCAGAUCUCCCUGGGCAGGACUGUGAAAGACAUAUUUAAAUUCAUGGUGAUCUUUAUAAUGGUGUUUGUGGCCUUCAUGAUUGGAAUGUUUAACCUCUACUCAUACUAUCGUGGAGCAAAGCAAAACGGUGCUUUCACAACUGUGGAGGAGAGCUUUAAAACUUUAUUCUGGGCUAUUUUUGGACUUUCUGAGGUCAAGUCUGUCGUCAUCAACAACGGGCACAAAUUCAUUGAGAAUAUUGGCUAUGUACUUUAUGGAGUCUACAACGUUACCAUGGUUAUCGUCUUACUCAACAUGCUCAUCGCCAUGAUCAACAACUCAUUCCAGGAAAUUGAGGAUGAUGCAGAUGUGGAGUGGAAGUUUGCCAGGGCUAAGCUGUGGUUCUCUUACUUUGAGGAAGGAGGGACGCUGCCUGUGCCAUUUAACCUCAUCCCCAGCCCCAAAUCAGUCAUCAGCCUGGCUAUAAAACUCAAACAGCUCCUGCUAAUACCCCUUCACAGACACAAAGAGGACCUGAAAGAGGACACAGAGCUCAAUGUGUCGGGUAAACAAAAAGAGUCCAGUGAGAAGAAUUCGCCUCAUACAAGUCGCUACCAGAGGAUCAUGAAACGGCUAAUCAAACGAUAUGUUAUCAAAGCACAGACUGACAAAGAGGGAGAUGAAGUUAAUGAAGGGGAACUAAAGGAGAUAAAGCAGGACAUCUCAAGUUUACGCUAUGAGCUCCUGGAAGAGAAGUCCCGUCAGACAGAGGAGCUAGCAGAACUGGUCAGGAGACUGGGAGAGAGGCUCGCCAGUCAACAGAAACUGUAGUUUUUCUCAACAGGAACACUCUUUUCUCUUUUCUCAAAGGAUUCUUAUUAGAUAGUCAAUAGUGUAAUACAAAAUGAGUUCUAUGAUUUUCUAUUUAAAAUAUAAUGUAUUAAAGGUAGUACAACAAAUACUAUGACAUAAAUACUUGAAAAGUACAGUUUAAAUAAUAUAAUUUAAAAACACAAUCACCUGCUAAUUAAAAACAUAUCAGACCGUGCUAAAUUCAUGAAAAUAUCAUACUGUAAAAGUUUUAAUAGUACUAAACUGAUAUUAAAUAUUAUUUUAAUAUUCGAUUAAAAUAAGUAAAUGAGUAAAGUACAGUACAGUAAAUGAGUGAGUACAGUACCAUCAUGAGUACAAAAUAUAAUAAUGUAACUUAAUAGAAACUAAAUAUUUUCCACAUUAUAUUUUGACAUUAUUAAUAUGAUUUUUUUUUCACAGUACAAAUUGGUUCUUUAUACAAGAAACUAUUUAGAUGCUUCUUAAUAUUUAGGAUGGGUGUCCCCCUCAUGUUUCAUAUUUAGAGGUACGUGGCAUCUAAAAAUUGAAAACCCUUUGUCUUAAGAAAUACUCUGACCAACUAGCAGAUAGCCAAGUUUUACUUUUUGUUUUUUAAUUAGACCGAUCAAAGUUUUUAUGCAAAUGACCUAAAUAAACCUUUACAGAAAAAAAAAAAAAAAAAAGACUAAGGCUGUGUCCAAAAUCGCCCCAUACCAUUAUAUAGGGCACUAUUUGAGGGCACAGCCAUUUGUAGUGGUGUCCGAAACCAUAGCGGAUGUUAUCAAGUGCACUGAUUCAAUCCCACAAUGCACUGCAGGAACAAGUUGUCAACUGAUGAGAAUACCCAUAAUGCACUGUGAGACUUGAGUGCUAAAUGAAUUCCCUGCAUCUUGCCAGAAGAUGGCGCCCGCAGCUGAAUCAUCCAUCCAUCCAUUUUUAAACCGCUGGUCCAAUGUGGGUACAGUGUAAUAUCAUAUAGGUAUAAAUUCCUUUUUAAUUGAUUAUUAAAUUGUUUAAUUAAGCUUUAUACAAGCUAGUUUCCAUUAAAGAUUUUAAGAUAAAUCUUUUAAUUACUACUGGAGAUGCCAGUUUGCUAAGUUUCAAAUUAUUAUUAAACAGCAAGAACAAACUAUGCAAAAGUGGCAGUCCUUCCGGCGCACUCAGUGUCUGAAUUCACUCACUCGCUUUCAUUCUCUCCCUCAAGUGGACUAUAUUAGUGGAGUAAUGUAGGGUAUGGGGGAGAUUUCAGACACAGCCUAAGUCAAUAGUCUAAGCAGAUCAUGCAACUGGCCCUGGAACAUGUUUUUUAACAGGCUCUUUUCUCUAAACCAUAGUUGCUUGUUUUAUAAGCAACAUUUCCUCUGGAGAGCACCAAUUAAAUUCUGUGGAAAAAACUAACAAAAAAAAAAGCUGAAAUUAAAUUAAAUAUUUUAUUAUAUUUCAGAAUACUUUUUUUUUUUUUUUUUUUUGAAAGUCACGUUUUUGCUUCUGAAAAUGCUAAUAAUGCUGCUGUUUGCCAUUGUGUUGCCAUGCCGUAUCAUAUUCUAAAUAUGCAAUGUUACACAUAUAAAACACAGUAACAGCCAGACUAAGAAAAAUGCUUCAAAGUUUUUUUUUUUUAUUUAUGGUAAUUUUUCAUUUAUUUCGUUACACUGUUUUCAGUGAAGCUGAGCGUAGUGGAGCCAAACUUAUGUCACAGAGCAGAACAGUCUGAGACCAAAUGUUUCUAAUUUUUGACCACUGUAAAUGUGUAGUUACUGUUUUGCAUGGUGGUAUUGAUGUUAAUGAAUGUGGAAAUGUGUCAUAUUUUAGCAUGUCAUGAUUUUAUGUUUGAGAAUCAGGGUACACUACAAAUAUGUUGCAACCCCUUGAAACAUGCUUUAUUAACCCUAAUUAUUAAUUAUACAUUUUGUGAAGUCUGACAGUGUCAGUCAAUGGUAUAUUUAUAAUAAAAAAAAUGGACAUGUAAAAAUAAAUUAGUGGUAAGUUGAGCUUUAAACUAA